AUGGCUGGCUCGGUGCGCUCUUGUGUGUUGCUCUCGGAACUUGGUGCGGGACGCCUGUUGAAGGCCGAGGAAGAUGAUCGUGGAAUUUUGGACGAGAUCCAAAAUGAGAGGCGGCUGAAAGAUAUAAGAGGAUUAUAUGAUAAAAUGGUGAAAACUUACGGCAAGGGAUCGUCACCGAGAAGGAGCACGUCACUUUCACGGCCUACAAACACAAGCUGCCAGCCUGAUCUUAAAAGAAUCUUCCAAUUGGGCCUUGAGCCCAAACAUCCGCGCGAGUUCCAUAAGCAGCUCGUUGUAGCUGCUGAACUUUCUGUACAAUCUCAACUCGCCCUAAACGUGUCCUAUCGCCCAAGCGAUUUCUCUCUCUCGCUGCUCCACUCGGCAGAUAUUCUCAACCAGUGUACUACGGCAGCUACAAUGAGGAAGGAUGAAAUGAAUGGGUGCUGGAGACUAUUUGGCUGUCAUGCGAUGUGGGCAGAAGGGGAACACGACUCCGGUGAGUUUGAUGUUGCACCUGAAAUGAUAAAUGAGAUGGUGAAGUUCUUUGAGAAUCACUUCACUUUCAGAGAACGGCUACUAUUGUACCAUGCCUUAAUCUCAAGCUAUGCCGGCAUUCAUAUUCCUCGGUUCUUGGCGGUUUGGGUAGCCCUCACAACCGACAUUUUGGUGAAGAGGAACAUUGUUAAGAAGCUCGAGCCCCUGUUUUCGCAUUUCUUGAACCUCUUCUGGUGA